GAGGAGCUCAUCAUCAAAGGUUAUAAUGGAUCAUCAUUCCCAUCAUGGGUAGGGUCUCUGCCUUUGGACAGGUUAGCUUCUAUAGAACUAAAAGAUUGCCAAAAUUGCGAAGAACUGCCGCCACUUGGGUGCUUGCCAUCCCUGAAACAUGUUGUGAUACAGUCACUGCCAAGUGUCCAGCUAGUUGGACCUGAAUUUCUUGGCGAUGUUGGAGAUAUCCCUUACAACAACAGGAAGAAAGCCUAUUUUGCUUUUCCUGCAUUGGAGUCUCUGAAGUUCAGGGAUAUGGGAGCCUGGGAGGAAUGGUCAGGUGUCAAGGAUGAACACUUCCCAGAACUUAAGUAUCUCAGCAUUGUUAGGUGUGGAAAGCUGAAGGUAUUGCCCAACUUCACUUCAGGACCAAAGCAGAGAAUCAGGAAUUGUGAGAAACUACUCCAGCCUCUAUGCCAGAAUAUACACUGGAAUUUGAUGGAAUACAUACCACCUUCAAGUGAACUGUCGUACACAUGCAUGGCAGAAGGUGAUAUUUCAAUCCUAGAAGCUUCCUGUUCAUACAGUACAUAGAACAUUGGAAAUGGAGGGAGGGGCACCCAUUAUUGUAAAUGCUCAUGGAUUGGUGCUAUUUUGUCAGAAAAUCUUAUUUCCAGGAUUGACAUGAAUUUUUCAGUAAGUACACAUCGUAUGAAAUUGUUUUGUUCCAAAUGUACCCGAUCAAGAAUAUUCAUUCACACCAAAACUACUGAAUGCAUGUUCCUGGAAAACUGCAAAGCAUUCCUCCUCUGACAGAAGAUGCAAGUAAAAAGUUUGCAUUAGCGAAAGGGCCUGUAAUCUAGUGGUUACAAGAGCCUCAGUAGCACCUUAGAUCCUGGGUUUGACUCCUCAUGAGAGAGCGAUUUUUUUAGGAUUUAACGGCUUUGUGUUUUUAGUGGUAGAAGUGUUUGUGGGUCAUGAGAGCGAUUUUUUUAGGAUUUAACGGCUUUGUGUUUUCAGUGGUAUGCGUGUUUGUGAGUGUCUGCGUUCAGUGGCGAAUCCAGGAUGUAAAUUGAGGGGGUGCUAGUGUAAAAAUAUAAUGUGAUUAAAACAAAUAAAGAUAUAUCAACUAAAGUAUUUUCCAAUGAAUACCAAAAGCGCAUAUGAUCAAAACAAUUUUCUCUAUUUUGAUUUGUGUCUAUCUUAAAAUAUUCAUAAAAAUCUGUGAAUAUAUUGUUUUGUAUACUCAGAGUAGAUUCUAUUUGGGAAAAUUUGAACCAUGCCACACAAAUUUUCCAAAAUUUGUGAUAUGACACCCUGACCCACAUGUCAUUGACUCAUGUGGGUUCUACAUGUCAUUGAGAUACGGGUGGCAUAUCUCAAAUUUUGCAAAAUUAGGGUGGUAUGGUUCCAACAAACCCAUUCUAUUUUACCAGUUUGGACAGUAGAAGCAGUGAGGAAGCCUGCAUCUUUGCCGUCUGGGAAUUUUCUUCACUAAUGACUAACUAGACUUGUUAAUGAUUAAUUAGGGGUAGGGAUUAGAGCUAGGGCUGGCGCACCAACCAGUCCCAACAGUGGAUCCGCCACUAUCUGCGUUGUACUGUAUAAUUCUUAAAAAAAAAGUUACGUUGUACUGUGUAAUUCUCAAAAAAAGAAAAAAAAGUUUGCGUUGCUCCCAAAAGCCAAUGACCAAUCCACAUUCCCGCUCUUGGUUGUUACCAUAAGUGCGCCGACAUUUAGUAUUUUGUACACCUCACUCCAAAAGCAUUCAUCCUCAAUAUCUGCAUCAUCCAAUACAAGCAAGAAUUUCUUGCCAGUAAGCUCGUCUCUUACAGUCUCUUCAAGAAUGCUCCGUGAGGCCUCAGCACAAGAGGUACCGGUCGUGAACUCUAAAAUCUUCUCUAAUAAUCUUCUUUUGUCGCACAUACAAAUCCAUAUUCUGAAACUAAAGGCAUCAACAAUUGUUUGAUAAUUGUAAAUUCGAAUGACAAGCUCAGUUUUGCCCAGAGAUGCACUUGAUACUGCGGUGACAAGGGGUGUGUUGGAUAAGCUGCCAAUUGAAACUGGAAGGCUCUGUAACUUUUUGCAGGAGCAUAGAACCAGAAUUAGCAAGCUUUCCAGGCUUAACAAUAUGGGAGGUUCAGAGCAGAGAGAUCAUUAAGGGCGCCAAGGGAAACACGCAGUUGUGCAAGGUUACUGCAACCUGAGAGGUCCAAAUACAACAGACUUUUGAUGGCUUUGGGCAACAGGUAAAUGGGAUCAGACACAUGCUGGCAUUCUCUGUGCAUUCUGCAUUCAUCCUAGCUAUCUUGACAUCAACAGAGUAGCUGGCAUUCUCUGCUUUCAUAAAAAACAGAUCGAUCUUAGAAAAUCUAUUGCUAGCCUCAGACUUGGUUUGGCUGUGUAUAUCCUUGGUGGAUAUAGAGGCCGGAUUAAUAAAAAAACUAUUAUCUAAAAAAAGCCUUCAACACGUGAUAGCACUCAAGCUAGACUUCCACAAAGCCUUCAACACGAUAAAUUGGAAUUGUCUCUACAAAGUGCUCUCACACAUAGGGUUUGAACCAAACUGGAUAAAGUGGAUCCAACAAUUAUUAGAAACCAGAAAAGCACGUAUUAUGAUCAAUGGAUCAAUAGGGGAAUCGAUCAGCUACAAGAGAGGUGUCCGUCAAGGUGACCCACUAUCCCCAUAUCUCUUCAUCCUGGUGGCAGAUGUUCUAUAGAAACUAAUGCAACUCUAGAAUGGCCACCUGCGGCACCCUCUCCAAAUACAAACCACGCUGCCUUUCCUUGCAGUAUGCAGAUGAAACUUUGAUCUUAAUUCAGGGAUAUGUUCAACAGGCUAAACUCUAAAAGACAUCCGAGAUUCCUUUGUUGACUUCUCGGGUUUGAAAAAGAACUAUCAUAAGAGCACCUUCGUGCCUAUCCACAUGGACGUUUCUGAAGCAAAUGCAGUCGCAAACCUCCUCGACUGCCCGGUGAGUCCAUUACCAUGCAAAUACUUGAGGCCUACCUCCGUCAGCAGCAAAAGUAACCCGUAAAGUGUUGUCCCCGAUUAUUGAGAGAAUUAAUAGAAGACUAGCAGUAUGGAUCCCGGGACUCUUAUCCUAGGGAGAAUGAUUAAUAAUGAUCAAUUCAGUGAUGUCCGCGAUCUCAAAUUACAUCAUGGCAUGUACUAAAUGGCCGGACAAAAGUAUAGAAGAGCAUUCCGUUAGAAAGAAAACAAUGAAGCAAAAGAAGGCCAAUGCCUAUUAGCAUGGACGACUGUGACCUCGCCAAGGGAAUAAGGCGGAGUAGGUAUACGAAACCUCAAAAAACAUAACUCAGCGUUAUCGAUGAAGCUGGCUAGUAAUCCCCUAAACCAUGUUUCCACGGGCUUAGAUCCCAUCACCUACAAUACCAAAUACCUUUCAAAGCAAAACCCAAUGACACACCAAUUUGGAAAAAAAAAAUAUGGUGCCUUAGAGCCAAUGAUCAUAUCAACCAAAGUUUUAGCAUGAAACGGUCAAUCAACGCAACCCUGGAGAGACCACUAGACAAAUGUGGGUCAUUUCUUCAUUGCAUACCCAACACCGGCCUCCUUCGCAACCAACAUCAACUGCAGAGUACCUUCACAAUUCAUACACAGCACUUGGGCCAUCGAGCCUCCAUCCAAUACUGUCCAAUCAAGCACAUCUCAAACUCCAGCAACUUAUGGACACAUCGGCAAAAUACCAACCUUGGCUAGAAACAACAGAUAAAGAUCAUGCAUACACUCCCAUGCGGGAAUAACAACCGUAUUAAUUUACAACUUACUCACAUUUCAUGGCAUCUACUCCUUUUGUAAGUUUACUGGACGAUGAAAAAUGCAUAGUUUUAAAGUGGUAGGAGCCAUCUUGGGCAACCAAAAUGUAAAAUUUUCACGCCCCCAUUUGCAUUUAUGAUCUCAAGAGAUACGUAGCCUAGUUAGGUUUUUUCUUUUUUGUUGAAACCAACCCACUUGAUUUAAGUUGUACAUUUGACAUGGAUUUACGACUAUCAUUAGUGACCGAUAAUGCUUUAGUGGCAGAUCAUCUGCCCAUCGAUAGUGACAUUCCCAUGAUGACUUAGGCUGUGUUCGCUGGAGGUUCAUGGAAAACAGAACGGUCCAUUAGCAUGUAAUUAAUUAAGUAUUAGCUAUUUUUUUUUCAAAAAUGGAUCAGUAUGAUUUUUUAAGCAACUUUCGUAUAGAAACUUUUUGCAAAAAACUCACCGUUUAGUAGUUUGAAAAACAUGCGCAAGGAAAACGAAAGAGAUGAGUUGAGAAACCUGGGGUGAGAGCACAACCUUGGGCUGUGUUCGCAACAAUCUGUUCCCAGCACGCAUGCGCGCGGAAAACAGAGCAGUCCAUUAGCGUGUAAUUAAUUAAGUAUUAGCUUUUUUUAAAAAAAUUGAAUCAAUAUGAUUUUUUAAGCAUCUUUUGCAUAGAAACUUUUUGUAAAAAACACACUGUUUAACCGUAUGAAAAGCGUUUGCGUGGAAAAUGAGGCGGAGGGGAUGAGAACCAACAGUUCCAAACACAGCCUUGGUCAGUUUAAGGUAAUCUACCAUAGUUUUGGUGGGAAAAAAAUAGCGCUAGUAGAAAGGAAUUCAGAGGUUGAAUUGAGCCUGGGAGAGUGCCGGGUACGCAUAGCAAUUCCAUCCAUGCAAUGGAAACUGCUGGCGGGAACACGAGCCCGCCACGCGCCUCCCGUCACGCUCCCCGUCCCCCUCUUCCGCCCCCCGAACAACAUCGCCGCCGUCCAACUGUCCCGCGGCGCGCACGAAUCUCGACGCACUCGCAGGAAAAAACGUUUGCUGCCGUGGGUUUCUUCGUCCUCCUCCUCGCUCCAGCCGCUUCGUAUCCCACUUCUUGCCAACAACAGAGGCGAGGUAGAGCAACGUGAGCGCGUUGGGGGGCGGCGGGGGCGCAAAUCGGGAUCAAUCUAGGAGGAUCCGCCCGGGCGAUUGGUUCGCCGGACGCGCUGGGAGGUUUUCAGAUGGAUGGUGAUGAAGCAAAAGAAUCAGCUAUGGAUGGUCUAGCCAGCGAAACUGCUUCUCGGAUUCCUGAUGUCUCCAAGAAGCAGCCAAAGAGGAAGAGGACCCUGGUGGAUGAAGAAGUUGCAUCUGCUGGAUUGCAGGGAGAGAUUGACGCAUUGUUUGAUUAUUACAAGGAGGUCUCUGGUUAUCAGUUGAAGCCAGAGGAGAUUGGCUGCUCUACUAAUGACUCGAUUGUAGCUUGCUUGCUGGAGGAAAGCAGUCUUCCCUAUGAUAAGUUGGUGGAUGAAAUCUACAGGAGGAUGGAGCUGCGAGAUGGCGUCACAAAGUCUUUCAUUAGCAGCGCUGUGAAUAACAUUGGUCAGAGAAUGUCAUAUGGGAUUUCUGAUAUACAUGAUCAGGUGUUGGUGGAUGAGUCUAAAUCAAAGCUUUGGUGUUGGGAGACGCGAGAUUUGAAGCUACUGCCUUCACAACUUCGUGGGAGUUUGCAGAUCAGACGUACGGCUCGGAAGCUAAUCCAUGAAAGGAUUCUGGCUAUUUCAGGAACUCCUAAAGUACAUGUCAACCAGAAGAACACUGGAUCUGUAAAUGCUAGUCAGGAUAUACUAAAUCUUGAUGGUAUUCGCUCUUUGGUGGAGAAGUUAAAAUCCGACAUGGCUCAAAAGGAUACCAAAACAAAAGAGAGAAGCAGUUUGAAAGCUUCAAAGGAACAGAAAAGGAUAGAUCACCAAGUUCAAAAGGAGCAAAAACUGAAAGAAAAGGAACUUAAGCAUAUCAAAGAAAAAGCUGAGAAAGAAGCAAAACGUGCUGAGAGAGAAAAGGCUGAACAAAAGAAGCGAUCAAAGAAGCAUCAGGAAGAAGUAGAAAGAGAACAGAAAAGGAGAGAGAGGCAACAAGCAGAACUGAAAAGACAAGCUUCCAUUCAAAAACAAGCAAACUUCAUGCAGCAUUUUCUUAGAGGUAAAAAGGGUGGCAACAUGGAAAGCCUUGGCAAUCACCAUUCAAUGAGAAGUCCACAUCCUAAUGUAUUCAGCAAGAUUGAGGAUUCUUCAGCUACAUCAGCAAUGGAUUGUACAUUGUCUGAAGAAAAUCAGUUGAGAUCGGAUGAAAUCUGGAAGUUGCAGAUUGCUAGAUGGAGAAAACUCUAUCAUCAGAAAGAAUUAUGCCGAUGGAGUGAUAGGAAAAAUCCUAAGAUUGAGUUAUUUAAAGAGCUUAAGCUACAAAAGUGCCCUGCAACUGCACCUUCUGAAUAUGUGUCAACUCCAAGUAAAGAGCAGUCAUCUCAAAUGGAACACCAAGGAAGCCUUAAUUUCUCAAAAUUACUUGACCAAUCAUAUGAUGAGAAUGCUGACACCUCUAAAACUACUAAUGCUAACACAUCCUCUUCAGUUUGGCGUGUAAAGAAGCUUUUACAGUUUGACAAAAGUCAUAGACCAGCAUACUAUGGUACCUGGACAAUGAAGAGCUCUACAGUUAGUGCAAGACACCCCUUUAAGGUGGAUCCCCUUUUGGACUAUGAUGUUGAUAGUGACGAAGAAUGGGAAGAGGAGGAGCCUGGUGAAAACCUCUCCGAUUUUGAUAACGAUGAUGAAGAGGCUAUGGGUGAAAAGGAUUCCAAACAUGAUGCUGAAGAGGAAACUGAUAACAGUUUUGUAGUGCCUAAUGAUUAUCUAUCAGAGGAUGAGGGUGUGCAAUUUGAACCUCUGUCUGGUAAAUUAGAUGACACCUGCAGGUUACUGAGCAUUCCUAGGGUUGCAAUUGAGGAACUUGAUGUUGUUCUGCAACAGCAGAAGGCUCUUCAUAGCUUCACUGAACAUGCUCUUAAGAAGGACAGGCCUUUAGUCAUAUACAACCUAGAUCAUGGGAAAGCUUACCUAUUGGAUGCUGAAGCUAUCACUGGAAUACUUAAGGUGGAGCAACUCUGUUUGCAAGCUCUCUGUAUGAAGGAAUACCUGGGGGCACCCAUCAUUGAUGUUCCUGUCGACAUUAAUUUUCCCAUUAAAGAUCUGGAAAUUGGUCGACUGAACAGAAAGGGACCUAGCACACCUGUGGCCUCCAAAUCAAUUUCAGGCUCUGACUUGCCAGAAUUUGUAAAAAUUAUUUCAUCAUGCCCUUAUGGGAUAGGCAAAUUGGUGGAGUCAUUGCGUGUGCAAUUUCCUUGUGUCCCUAAGUUGCAACUGAAGAACAAAAUUUGGGAGAUAGCUGACUUUACCAAUAACCGUUGGCAGGUUAAGAAAGAUAUCUUGGACUGGUGUGGUCUAUCUCUUCCACCAGAUAGAGGUAUCCAACAGAUGCAGCCUGAUGAAUCGGGAGAUUCAGUUCAACCCUCUCCUCAGCCUGGCGCUAAAUUGGAAAUACACAAACACCAAAUUGAUGCCUAAGGAUCAGGUUGCAGCACAUCUCCCUUCUGGCCCUUGAGAAUCGAGACACACUGCUUAAAACAACACCAUAGACUAUACACCAGUGUAUAUACUUAGCUUAUUAGGUUGUACAGAAUAGAGAGUUUUAAGAUUCAGUCGUUCAGAGACUACAAGUAUUGGGCUUCAGUUGUAUAGUGUAAUGCAGCAAGUCCCUUGUAGAAAUGGUGGUCAUGGGAUGAGUCUCCUACGUAGUACUGCCCUCUGUCUGGGUUACUAGCAUGUGGGCCUGCUGGAUGUGGGGCUCAUAUAUCAGAUUAUCAGUCCCUCGAAGUCAGAUGGCAGUACUGUAGAGGAUCUGUUGCCGUGGUCAUGUAAACUGUCUUGAGGCAGAAAUAGGCUUUUUACACCUCGUGUCAUCUUCGAAACAAACUAUGGUGCACCAUGUGCUUGUUUAAUGCGUUAAGUGGUAUAUGGUCUGGAUCAGAUCUGAUGACAAGAAUCUAGAAAACUGAAGGAAUGAUUGGAUUGAAUUGUAAUCUUAAACAUCAUGGAACCAAAAAUGCUAUGGCACUGGAAUACUGGGUAAACUGGUUUGGCUAUCGGGGCUGUUUUGGUA